UACAAAUGGCGAAAAUUCUCCUCAGCCAGGAAUAUUCAAGCAUUUGUAUAAAUAGAAACAAAGUAGUUCAUUUUCCUCCUCUCCUGAUCCUAUACACAAACACACACACACACAUAAAUAUGAUCAGCUAGCAAAGAGAUCGAAAAUGCCCUCAAUGAUGUGGAGAGUAAUGGAAACAAGAACAAGUCCAGUACUGGUGGCGCUUAGCCAGGGUAACAUCGAUGGUGCAAAGAAUCUCAUCAGGAAUAAUCCGGAACUUGCUGCUCAGAGAAUUAUGUGUGUGGAUGGUUUCAGUACUAUUAUGCACCUCGUCUGUGUAUAUGCUGCUGCCGAAACUGUGCAGGCACUGGUUGAGAUUACACCUGAUUAUCUGUGUUUACUGCUUACAGAUGAUCAGAGAAGAACCCUUCUUCAUAUUGCCGCAGGGGAAGGCAGAGAAGAAGUCGUGAGGGUAUUAAUCACUGCGUGUCCCAGGUCCAUCCAACGGUUGACUUCUCAGGCAGAGACUGCUCUUCAUGUCGCUCUCAAAAACGGCCAUUGGGGCUGUUUUCGAGUGUUGAUGGAACAACUUCAGAACCUCAACCCCCAGUGGAUGGAGCUUCUUAACCGCCAAGAUUUUGAGGGCAACACUCUUCUCCAUACUGCAAUUUUGCAUAAGCAAGUCGAGAUCGUGAAACUGUUGGUCUCUUACAAGCAUAGAAAUGGUGAUCGUGUGGUGGAUGUGAACUCCAUAAAUAAUUCGAGUUUAACGGCAUUGGACCUCCAUUACCAAAAAAUGUCUGAUGAAAGCGACAAAGAAAUCUGUCACAUUCUUCAUGAAGCUAGAGCCAAGAAAGGACAACCAUGUUCACAAUCAGAUUCAGUAGUACCGAUGGUUACAGCGAAGAUGAUGAUGCAGGAAAGCAUGGAGCUGAUGAGGAAAUCGUUGUUGCUGGGUUUUUUUAUUUUUUUAGCAAGUGCUGCUUAUCAGUCUCUCUUCAAUUUAAUCAAGCUCUAUCCAGUAGAGCAGACUGUUGAAAUUUUAAGCGUCAGUUUUGAAGAUAUAAUAAGGUCUCCUAACCAAAUACCGGAAGUGUUCUAUGCUGUCAUGACUAACACGCUCGCAUUUUUGGUCAGUCUGGUCGCCAUUUUUCGCACCUUCUGGUCCAUGGCUACUAGUAAAUGGUCACUUUGCUACCAUGCAGCUCCCUUGUUGGUCGGCGCCGCAAUACUAGUCAAUUAUGGUCUUGCUGCCAAGAAGACCAUGCCCAACUUCUUGGUGACUAUUGGCGCUCACCAGAUUCCAAGUUUCUGGGCCAUGUGGUGCUUGUUCGAUUUCCCUUUAAUUUUCCUUGGGCUUGCAGCAUCCCUUAUGGUGAAACUGAUUUAUUUAUAUAUCAGCUACCUAUGUGUCUGAUCAAUAGUGAAAGCAUGUUUAUUAUAAUAAGGUUGUUAUGUGAAGUAUAAAGUUAUGUAAUACACUUACAUCGAAUAUAAAACGUUCAUGUAACAUAUUGUAUAGUGUGUUGCAACAUUAUA